UUGUACCUUUGUAAGAAUUUAGUAAAGUAUAUAUCAGUAUAACCAGUUCUUUUAUGACAGUUAUCGUGAUAAAUCAAAGUUAGCAUCAACGUAGUUUGGAAGUUAACUUAAGUUUAGACAAUUCCAGAAAUCAAAUAUUUAUCGCAUCAUUGUUGACAGCUUUAAAUGUAUUUUGAGUAUAAUCCUGUAAACUAUCCAAGAAGACUGGUAACCACAACGGCAACACAACCAAUGUGGCAACAAACGGUUCUAUUCUUACUUCAGGUAUUAUGUCUAAUCUGGAAUUAACCUUGUAAACAAGUUUAUUGUAAUUGCCAAAUUUUUAUAGGAAAGAAACAUGCAAGAGCAAUUUCAAGGAUUGCAAUCUAGAUCGUUAUGCAUCAAGAAAAACAUAUAGAAACCAGCGAAAUAAUAAAGGAGGUAACAAGUAUGAUUUUACAACGUGUCUUCAUAGGUAAAUUAUGAAAACAUACGAUUACAGUUUUGACGUUCUUAUACACGUACCGGUUUACAGGAACUGUUUGGUAAGUAUCACUAGCCCUUAAACUAGCUUGAAAUUCGAAAAAUCACUCCAAAGCGGAGUGACUGGUUGUACAAUAUGUAAUUUGGACGAUACUAUGCGGAAUAUUAUUUCAAAUUUGACCUCUAUUUACGCGGCUGAAGGUCAUGAAAUUAGGCCAUUCGUCCAUUUUUAAAUUCUUACGACUAGCAGACGACAGGCUGCGCUUGAACGACAAGUGAAUUGGACGAUUUCUAUCGGACAACUUCAGAUGUAUCUUUUGAACUGUGGCAAUGGCGGUAAUACUUGAUUCUCUUAAACUGAUCACCACACGUUGUCAAAUAAAAACUCAGGAUUGAGAGAAAUCGAUGUAAGUGUACCAAAGUGUUAGAUGGAACUUGAUAUUUUACAUAAAUAUGCGUUGAAAAUUUUGACGCUAUUUCUGGUAAUCGCAAUGGUUCUGAUGAUGACAACUUGUCAAGAUGAAAUCGAUUAUAGUAAUGAAGAUAAUCCAUACGAUGAUGACUAUGGUUCAUUUAUUGGUGUCAAGUAUGAGAAUAACGAUGACCGAUUACCCAUCAAGGCAAACACUGUAUCUAAGAAAAGUAAAUUCAUUAAGUUUCGGAUCACACUUUUGUUUUAAGGCUCCAAUUCGCAUGUGGCAUUAUCCACUUCAAUUUACUUUUCUUCUAUUUUCUUAUUGACCAAUAUUUUAGUUACUCGCGAAGCCCUGAAGUGUGAUGAAAAUCAACUGAUGACCUACUUAGCUGAACUACAAGUUACAAACCCAGAAAGUCUACUCCUUAUAGCAUCGUAUAAAGAUCUCGAUCAUCUUUGUAGGUUUGUAGACGAAUUGCUGGUAAUUUGGAUUCAAUUGACAUAUUUCUGCAGACAUGCACACCCUUGCCUCAAGAUCAUCUUUACAUGCAACUCAUUGCAGGGCUCCGCGUUCUUAGCACUAAACUUUGCGUGGAGUGCUCUUAUCAGAAAAGUAAGAUUUCUAAGCUAUAAUAUGUGUGAAUGUUCCUUUUUUCAAGUUUGCUAUGUAUCCCAUGUAAUUCAUUGCAUUUUUAUAUGCAAUAAGCGUACUAUUUUGACAGGCUAUCAGAAAUAUCUUUCAUGUUUUCAUGAGCUACACACUGAAUAUAUAGAUUGCGCAGGCCCAGCUGAUUGGACUGAGAAUAUGGCCCAUAAUGAACUAUGCAAUGAAUACAAGUCAAUAGCAGACUGCUAUUACACGAAGAGUGCGAUGCUCUGUGGAAUAAAGGCAGCGAAAAUAAUGAAAGAGUUAGUUGUCAGAGUGAUAAACGGGAUCAUUGAUACCCACUGUCCGGAAGUCCGAAAAAAUCCAACAAUACCAAAUCCGAUGCCCGAAAGUGUUUUCUCGAAAGGAACUAUUGCGAGGUGUUUCGUUCAUAACCUGAAUCAUAUAUUGACCUGGAUGACGAAGCUAUUAUAUUACUAAUUC